AAAAUCGGAAUGCCCUUACAAAUGUUGGAGGCAACAAUAUUAAAAUACGACUGAUUGCCAAUACCAUACAAACAAAAUAAGAAUUAAGGAGGCUAUCUUCAGUUCAAUCCGUUGACAAGGAUAACGGAAACGGGAAAGCAGACAAAUACAUUUGAGAAUGGACGAUUUUAAGUUUAACGCCCAAAAGAUGCUUGCAGCACAGAGGGCAAAGGGUAGAAGGGCACAGUCUCCAGAGACUGAAUCAAACUGGGACAGCUCGGAACCAGAGGAAAACACGGUGACACAGAUCAGUUCCGAUGAAGAAUUCAGUGUCAAAUCGACCAGGUCUCAUAAAUCAACAAAGUCCUCUCGAGGAACAUCAAAGGCCGAUUCUUCUAAAACAAGAACUCCUUCAAAGCCAGACCCAUUGGUGUCUCAUAAAAGAGAUUCAAAACCUACAACAGACGGACUAACUUCAACCAAAGGAUCUGAAAGACCAGCUGUGAAUGUAUUCAUUGACCGUGGAGGAAUUGAUUCUGACGACCAAUCUCAGAAGUCAACCACCAAAAAGACGAAGAAGAAAAAAGAGAAAAAUGAGAAGAAUCCUCCUUAUGACUUCAGAGAGGCCCUGAAAGAUGAAGAUGAUGGCCCUCCAAGUCAGAAUACUACCCAGAGACCAGGGCGGACUAGGAAGGGGGAGUCGUAUGACCCUGCCCCACCCAAGACCAAGGCAAAAUCAAGGAAGGAACAGGUCUUAGAUUCAGCCUCAUGGGACGAAUCUGCCGACGAGAACCAGAAAGCAUUGACUAGGGUUCUGAGGGAGAGGGAUGGACUUGAAACAAACAAUAACACCAAUAACUCAGAACCAAUUACAGAUCCUAAAGCUGAUCCCCAACCAGAAGAUAACAGUCCAAAGAAGAAGAAAGGAUGGUCAAUCAGUCUGAAGAACAAAUCAAAAGAGAAGAAAACAAAGAAGACAGAGGAGCCUUCACGGGAGAUGCAGGUUGCUAUGACGACCCCUCCAGUCUCAAGCCUCAAACACUCAGAAGUCGAUGUUGUUUAUAAGAAGGAGGAGGAAGAAGUAGAGACAAUUAUUUCCUUAGAUGAGGAUGAUAGGGGAACAAGGUUUGUGUAUAUCUAUCACCAUGGCAACACCUCAUAUGCGGACACCAGACUUUCUCAGGAGCCUGUUUACAUGACGGCCAUCGCUGAUAAAUCAGAACUCAUCUUUCGCCGGUGUGCCCGCGAGAUCUUCGCAACACUGCGCAUCCUUGUUGACUUCGUCCUCAUAUUUCUUCUGGAAGCAUUACGUUUCUUUGCAUACAAUAUUAUCAGUGCGCUAUUAGUUGGUGUAACAACUGGAUUCGGGGAUUAUUUCUUGAGGCCAGUGGCCACAGCUAUCUUUAACGGACUCUGCCAGCCUUGCGCCGUGUUUUGGUUUAACGUGGGCGUGGCCACAAGAACUUCAACUCGACCAUUCGUUGAUGUACUGCAUAACUUUUUCUCUCUUAUCGCCAUGGUGAUACGCGCUUUUCGGCUGGUAGAGGUCAAUCAGAGCAGACCUCAACGGACCGCUGCAGAAGAUGUGUAGAUGAACAUUAUUCUAACAUUACAUCAAACACCAAUCAGGGAAUUUUCUACAACUUUUUUUUUGCAAUUCAGAUGACUGAGUUUUAGGAAAUUGCCACAUGGUCUUUACCCUCUGUGUCUAGUUUGCGUUUGGUCUCCCAUGAUCUCCCAUGAUCAAAUCUUUUUUUACUAUACAGAGUUCAUCUUAUACCAAUUUUAUCUACUACAUGUAUCCACUAGGUCUAACACCUCUUAGUCUACAGAUUUGAUGAAUUGUUAUGAACCAAAUUUUCAUUUGACCAAGUGCAAAUUAAUAAGUAAGGCAAUGUGAAAAUUAUACCUACUGUGUGAACAUUAGACUAAAUGACAGAUCAAGCUAGUAUUAGACCAAGUGAUAGUUAGAUCAAAUGGUAAUUAGACCGAAUUGACAAUUGACUAGGUGGGUUUAGCCAUAAUUAACAUUUCUAAUUUUCAAGAUAAUUUUGAAGGUUGAACUCUCUAUUCCAUAAAAACCUUCAUAUAGUGGUUACCUGGUAUUGGCAAAUGGGCAAAUGUAAUUUCAGGUCACUAGGCAAAGUACAUAAGUCAUUGGAGGACAAAGAACUAAACAUUUUAUUAUGGAAUGAAUGCCUGUGUUUUCCCCCCUCUAAUUUAAAAAAAAAUUCAUUGUCCAUGUUGUUGUUUGCAAGGUCAGCACUAAUGCCGGCGAGAAUGCCAGAGGCUUUUCACUUGUUUCAUAUUUAUCUUAAUAUUUUGUAUGAACAGUACUUGAAAGUUUUUUUAUUCUGUUAAUGAAACAAAAAAAAACAUAGAUGAUGAUGAUGUGUUAUUUAAAGGACAAGUCCACCCCAACAAAAAGCAGAUUUGAAUAGAAAGAGAAAAUUCAAACAAGCAUAUAACACUGAAAAUUUCAUCAAAAUCGGAUGUAAAAUAAGAAAGUUAAAUAUUUUAAAGUUUCGCUUAAUUUCACAAAACAGUUUUAUGCACACCCUGAUCGGUAUGCAAAUGAGGGGACCGAUGACAUCACCCACUCACUAUUUCUUUUGUAUUUUAUCAUAUGAAAUAUGAAAUAUUUUGAUUUUCUCCUCAUUGUCAUGUGGAACGAAGUUUUAUUCCUCCCUGAACACAUGGAAUUCCAUUAUUUUAACAUUUUGUGGUUCAGCCAAGGAGGUCCUAAUUGUCAAAUUCGUAAAAAAUUGAAAUAUUGUAUAAUUCAAACAAUAAAAAACAAAAGAAAUAGUGAGUGAGUGACAUAAUCGACUCUCUAAUUUGCAUAUCACCGAGUUGAGCAUAGAACUCUUUUGUGAAAAAUAAGCGAAACUUUAAAAUGUCAUAAUUUUCUUAUUUUAAAUCCAAUUUUGAUGAAGUUUUCAGCGUUAUUCAUGUUUGAUUUUUCUCUAUUUAUUUAAAUCAACUUUUUUCUGGGGUGGACUUGACCUUUAAGUUUAAAAUGUGUACAAUCCCAGCGUCGACAUGUGACUUGCAUAUAUACAUGUACAUGUACAGUAUGAGCUAACCUCUUUGAACCAGUUUCAUAAAACGCAAUAAAAUUUCACAGUAUUUGGCAUUUGAAAAAUAGGAAUGUCUUUUCCCUUCAUUCAGAUUAACCAACUUGCAUAAAAAAGAGUUCUCUUUAACAAUUGCACCUUGAUGUAUUAUAUACCAUUCAAGUAUUUGAAGAAUUUAUUUAUUAUAUAGAUAUUGAAAUGUUUUAUGUACUUCAUAAUUUUUUUUUUCUAUGCAUUUAUUGUAUGUGCUAAUCUGUAUGUGCUGCUUUGUUCACUCCUUCAUUCUUUUUGUAUAAAGGCUUGUUUUUUUUUAAUACUUAUAUUCUGAAUACAAGGGGGAAUAUAUUUCAUGUGAUAUACAUGUAUUCAUAGAUUGCCCUAACAAAUUCAAGAAAAAAGGAAUGGGCAACUGUGUGAGAUGUUGAUAUUAAAAAGGAUUUUCAUUUCUUUUGCAACUGAUGAUGACCAUGCUCACAAAGAUCACAUUUUUUUCUCUCUCUUGGACAGUUUUUCUGUAUGAGCUUCAAAUUCAUACAAUAUUUGUUAGUGACAAUAUCCAAUUGUUUAAUUCUUUUCAAGUAUAUAUUUUUUUUUCUGCCAAUUUAUAUUUUCAUAUAAAGUAUGCAAAAUCAAUCAUAUAGCACAAAGCAUAAUGAAUAUGAAUACUGUAAUUAUGUAAAUCAUGUUUAUGAAAGGUGUACAAAUCAUGUUUAUGAAAGGUGUAUGGGAUACGCCUGUAACACUAAAAAAAAAACACAAUUAAAUGCGAAGAAGUAUAGAAAUUUGAUGAUUUUAUGGUACAUCUGUUUUUUCUUUCACUUGCAUUUUCGAUUGGAAUAUUUGCUUUCAUUGGAAUAUAUUUUUAAUGCUGCAUUUGAAGAAACUCAAUUUUAUGUCAUAAAUACCAAGUAUGAAUACAGUACAUGAAAUAUGUAUGGCUGAUUUUGUUUUGAUAAUGAAGAGAUCAUGUACAUGUAUUCUGAAAUUUUCUGAAGCAUUCUGAAGUUAGUAUUAGAAUUUAGAUAUUAUUGGCAAAAUGCACUGUCCACAGAGGAUUAUUCUAUUGUUACUGGGGGUGCUGAGCAUUGUCACAGCACCCCCAGUGACAAUAGAUAACCCUCCUUGGCCAGGUGGGUGUUUCAUAAAGCUGUUCGUAAGUUAAGAGCGACUUUAAGAACGACUGGUGAUCCUUUCUUGUGGAAAAUGGUAUAUUCAUUGGCGAUGGUUAAGCGCGUAAGAAAGGAUCACCGGUCGUUCUUAAAGUCGCUCUUAACUUACGAACAUCUUUAUGAAACGGCCCCCAGGUCCAUGCAUUUUUCUCCUGUGUAGCUGUUUAAGUAUUACAAUGAAACAAUAGGCCUAUAGAUGUUUUGAAUUUGCUGAACAAUCACUAUGAUCGGAGUGUGUAACGUAUUUAUAGCUAGCAAUAAUUUGAACUUGAGUGUAAUUACAUUGUAACCGUGUGUGCUGUGACAAUAUCAGGAAAAUUUGCUAUUUGUGAAUCAUGAGAUAUACAUUGUAUUUUUAUAGAAACAAGAUAGUUUUGAAAUCAAUAUCAUGCAUACAAUUGAGAACUGUGCAUAUUGCAUACAUGUAUGUGUGGAAAGUAGUAGUUAUAUGAAAAUGAAUAUUAUGAGUAUGAUUUGUUUAUGCAUAUUUGCUAUGAACUAUAUGUGUUUUUUAUUGUCAUACAUGUACUGUAUACCACAAAAUAGCCAUUGUAGUAUGAUUAAUGAGUGAACAAGUUUAGACAAAGUUAAAAUCCAGCAUUAAAAGUGGAUAGCCGUCCAGUCGAACAACUCACAAUUAUUAUUUUUUCAAUACAGUAACCACUAGUAUUCAUCAGUCUGACAAUUUACAUGUAACAUUUUCUGUAAUUAUAUUGCACCAUCUUUGUUAUAUUGGGGAGGGGACAUUUUGACACCCCACCCCCGUAUAAAAAAAGCAUUGCAAUUCCAAAUGAUAUUUGAGUGUGCUCAGUCAAUUGUUAUAAUGUUUUUGGAGUAUUUUUGUAAACUGCUAAUCAGUUUCAACAUUUGUAACACUUUACCCAAAUGAUGGUUAGUUUACCUAUACAGUGCAUUCCACAAACAUGGAAGCUUGUUUUUACUAUGAAUUUUAUACUUUGGUAAGAGUGGAAUCUCAUCUUUAAUUUGAGACCCACAGCUUAAGAAGUGAUUCAUGCAUGGCAGAUUAAAAAACGAUAAAUGGAGGCCUAUCAGAAACGAUUUGCACAGAAAAACACGUGUUAAUCUGAAUCCACUCCCAUUUCAGGGAUCAGUGAUAAAACUUGACAAAGAAUACAAAAGAGAAAUGCUUAUAAGCCAAUCGUUAAAUAAACAUGGUUGUGGUGUCAUGAACCAGUCUUGUCCAAGUUUAUUCUGUACAACAUGAUUU